AUGUCGCAAACAAAUAAUCUAGUCAUUUCACACAGCUCAAGCCUUCCCACGAUAUAUUGGCCACGGGGCGCUGUAGACAAAACCACUUUCAUACAACCGAAUAAACAAUCAUUCACCCCAGUUCAAGCUUCCCGUAUCCAAUAUGCUUUUGACAAGGAAUUGUUCACUGUGGCUGCAAAGGACACUAUCAAGCAAUAUAUGACAUUUUCCAUGAGUGAGAUUGAGGAGGAUGAUAGUGACGGUAGCAGUGCUGAUGCCCGUGAUGGUAGCAGUGCUGAUGGUAGCAGAGAUUAUGGUAAUGACCAAGUAUUCUAUGGGGCACUGGUUUAA